UUUAUUACGUUUUAUAGUAAAAUAUCUAAAAAACAGAAAUAAGAUUUAUAAUUAUUUCAGCCCAGUGCUAGCUAUUAGUCUGUUACACAUGGAAAAGAAGCAUAAAUAGUUUGAGGUGGGAAAAUCAGAAUUAAAAAAGAAGAGAAGAGUGUCCGUUCGCUUAACAACAACAGAGCGCUAACGUACGCCACAAAAUGCAGCAGCCGGAGAAGCAGAUUAACGCGCCAGCCGGAAUGCCUCUCCCGGAGCGCCGGAGAAGGCGACGGAGCUCUGGUAUAUGUGCCACUUCCGGUGUUAGGGUUCAGCCACAAGAAGAACAACAACAAGUGGCAACGCGUGGGACUGUUCUUACAGACUCUGACCAGUUCUAUUUCAACUGGUAUGCUCACAUUGACGUUCACGAAGAGAUGAUCAAGGAUCGUGUGCGGACUGAUGCUUAUAAGAAUGCAAUAAUGCGUCAUAAGGAUUUUAUUAGAGACAAAGUUGUACUUGAUGUUGGAUGCGGCACUGGCAUCCUUGCUAUAUUUUGUGCUCAGGCUGGUGCAAGACGGGUGUAUGCAGUUGAAGCAAGUAACAUUGCCCUGCAGACAAUCCGUGUUGUUGAAGCUAACAAUCUUUUGAACAUUAUCACGGUAUUGCACGGACGAGUUGAGGAUGUUGAAAUCGGUGAAAAGGUUGAUGUUAUAAUUUCAGAAUGGAUGGGCUAUAUGCUUCUAUGUGAGAGUAUGCUUGGAAGUGUUAUUACUGCCAGAGAUCGCUGGCUCAAACCUGGAGGUCUAGUUCUUCCUUCAAAGGCAACGUUGUACAUGGCUCCUUUUACACAUGCAAAAAGAUACCGGGAAAGCAUUGACUUCUGGCGAAGUGUUUAUGGAAUUAAUAUGUCUGCCAUGGUACCAUUAGCAAAACAGUGUGCAUUCGUGGGACCUUCUGUGGAGACAAUUACCAGUGAAAAUGUUUUGGCAUGGCCACAAGUGGUGAAAUGUGUGAACUGUUCUUCUGUUACCAUUCCUGAGCUAGAAUCUAUAACAACAAGGUUUAAGUUCAAUUCAUUGGUGAAAGCACCACUACAUGGUUUUGCAUUUUGGUUUGAUGUUGAAUUUACUAGGCUAUCACCAGAGCCAAUAAGUUUUCAGUUAUCAACUUCACUUGUUGACGAUCAUCCAGUGGGUAGUCAGAGACAAGAUUUGAGAGACCCUACACUGCUCCUGUCCACUGCACCUGAAGCCCUGCCAACACAUUGGCAACAGACCUUGAUAUACUUUUAUGAGCCGAUAGAACUGGAACAAGAUCAACUUAUUGAAGGAAAAGUGACAUUAUCACAAAGCCAAGAAAAUCACCGGAAUCUGAAUAUUGAACUUGUAUAUGCUACAGGAGGUCAAUCAUAUGUCAAAGUGUCUGUUAUGUGAAAGUGUCUGACAACAUUCCUUGAUGGAGUCUGUUAUGGAGCAACUAACGAGAGCUGUAAGUGGAUGGAUCAACUAAUUGAACCCACUCUCAUCCUGCCCCUUUCCAUUGACUAAAGUUUUAUAAUUGAUAUUUUAGUUAAAGGGGAAUUCGAGUAAUGAAUAGAGAAAAGUAAAUUCAAGUAGUUGGAUUUAUUAAAAUUCAGGCACCAAAUUUAAUCAUAUUUUUUUAACAA